CGAGGAUUUACAGCUAGCCGGUUUUUAGUGAUUUUAGCAAAUGGGAUUUUCUGACUAACACACCGGAGAUAUUGUGGUCCGAGGAAGGACGAGUGAAGACAAGUUAGCUCUGACCGUCACAAUACAGCGGGAUUUGUUGAGUCAUCAGAAUGCCUAGCAAAGUCAACAUGGAUCAGCCAACGUGUACAGAAAGGUGUCCCAUUGCCAUCGUCGGCAUUGGGUGUCGAAUGCCUGGAGGUGUGGAUUCACCGAAAGCUUUCUGGGAUGUCCUGGUCAACCAGCAAGACAUGGUGAGCGAAGUACCCGCCGACCGAUGGUCCCUGGAAUCAUUCCAUGACCCCGACCAGACCAAUCACAGUAAGAUGGUUACAAGACGUGGAGGUUUUGUCCACAACAUCGACAAGUUUGACAAUACCUUCUUCAAGAUCUCCCCGAGAGAGGCUUGCUCCAUGGACCCCCAGCAACGCCAAAUCUUAGAGGUGACAUACGAAGCCUUUCAGGAUGCAGGUAUCCUUCCAAGCACUCUAGGAGAAUCCUGUGGUGUCUACAUCGGUGUUGGUAUGAUGGACUAUGCCGUGAUGCUCACAGAAACCUCUCUCAUCGGUCCUUACAUGCAUACUGGGACAGCCCACUCGUCAGUUGCAAACAGGAUCUCAUACGUCUUUGAUCUUCGAGGACCCUCGUUUGCAGUGGAGACCGCAUGUGCUUCAUCGAUGACAGCAAUGCACCUGGCUUGCAACGCCAUCUGGGAUGGCGAGUGUACCCAUGCUGUUGCUGGUGGAUGUAAUGCUUUACUCAUUCCAGAAACUACAGUUGGCUUCAGCGCUCUUGGAGUCCUAUCUCCUGAGGGAAAGUGUUGUCCGUUUUCCGAUCAGGCAAAUGGUUACGUCAGGAGCGAGGGUUGGGGUGCGUUCAUUCUGAAACCUCUUGAAGAAGCAGUAGCUGCUAAUGAUCACAUCUAUGCCACCAUCCGAGGCAGCUCCAUUGCAGCAAAUGGCUUCUGCAAGAGUCUUACUAUGCCAUCAGGACCAGCACAAGAGAUGGUGAUGAAGAGUGCGUAUGAACGGUUUGGUAUUCCCCUCUCAUCUGUUCAGUACGUCGAGGCACAUGGAACAGGCACUCCUGUUGGUGACCCGAUUGAAGCCGAGGCUAUUGGAAGCAUCUUUGGCAACCAGAGUACUACCCCAAUCAAAAUCGGAUCUGUGAAGAGCAACUUUGGCCACAAUGAGUGUGCAGCUGGGAUCACUUCUUCAAUCAAAGUGGCUCUCAUGUUGGACAAAAAUACACUGGUGCCGACUGUCAACCAUAGCAGGCCCAACCCAAACAUAGACCUCCAAGGACUCAACCUUAAAGUGCAGACAACGAUGCAACCACUGAAGGAGAAGUCCGACGAUGCCUUGUUCACUAUUGGCCUAAACAGUUUCGGAUUUUCAGGCGCAGUUGCUCACAUGAUUUUUCAGGAGGCUCCAAAGACGAAGAGGACUCCUCCGAUUGCAACAGCUGGUUGGAAAUUCGGGGAUAAGGACAUGACGGGAUAUCCCAUCAUUCUGCCUCUUUCUGCAAAAUCAAAAGAUGCCCUCGUAGAUCUAGCUAAGAAGUGGGUGGAGUUUGAAUGCGACCAAGAUGCACUGAGUGUCACGUCAUGGCAGGCAACAAGGCGAGAUCAUCAUCCAUACCGUCUAGCUGUCACUGCUAACUCCAGUUCUUCCUGCAAACAGGGUCUUGAGAGUUUCAUUCAGGGCACUACAUCUGAGACAGUCGUGACUGGAACAGCUCCCCAAGACAAGCCCAAAAUCUGCUUUGUCUUUCCUGGACAAGGGCAGCAGUGGAUAGACAUGGGUCGCAAAAUGUACACAGCUGAGAAGGUCUUUAAAGAAGCCAUUGAUAGCUGUGACGUGAUCUUUAAGAAGAUAUCUGGCUGGUCAUUGCUUGAAACUUGUGGCCUAUUCAAUGGCAAUGCUAUCAGUCCCAAGUCCCCCUACUCAUCAGUUGAAGAUGCUCUUAAUCAAGUGCAGGUGGUUCAACCAGCAAUCACAUUCAUCCAGGUCGCCCUUCUCCAUCUAUGGAAAGAUUGGGGUGUACACCCUGAUAUCGUAGUUGGGCACAGUGUCGGAGAAAUAGCAGCAGCUUACGCUUGUGGAGGUUUGACCUUACAUGAAGCCAUAUCUGUGAUUUUCCAUCGCAGCCAUGAACAGGCAAAGCAGACAGGUACUGGUCGAAUGGCGGCACUGAGAGCAACCAAAGAACAGGCAGCAAAGAUCUGUGAGGAUCAUGAGCACCUCUACAUAGCAGCAGUAAAUGCACCUGGAUCAAUGACCCUGGCAGGAAACAACGAUUCCAUAGCAGCUGUUGUUGAGAACAAUCCUGGAAAGGCAAAGCAGCUCCGUGUCACUUGUGCCUUCCAUACUCCUGAGAUGGAUCCAAUCAAAGUUCCAUUUGAGAAAGCUAUGAAGGGUGUUGUCAAUGGAGAUACUCACAAGAGAGAGGUUCCCUUCUACUCCACAGUGACGGGAGAAUUCUAUUCUGGUAGCUUCCAAACAGAGUACUGGUGGCGUAACAUUCGCAGUGCUGUACUCUUCCAGCCAGCAAUCGAGAAUAUACUUCAGGAAACAAAAGCUGAUAUUUUCCUUGAGAUUGCAGCCUCAAACACCCUUCUCACCCCUAUCAAGCAGAUUUCUCAUCUACUGGACCCCAAGAAUCCUCCUGUGAUAGUUAACUCAAGCUUAAGAGAUAAGGACGACUUGCAAUCCAUGCAACGAGCGAUGAGUACUCUUUACGCAAGUGGAGUGUCUCUGGACUGGGGUAAAAUAACACAGAACACAGCCCAGUGGUCUGCUGUCCCAACAUAUCCGUGGCAGCAUCAAUCCUUCUGGUUGGAAACAGACGACAGACAAAAGCGUAGACUUGGUCUUGAUGAUCGUACCAUCAAAGGACAGGCUGGUAAAUUCACUUUGGAGAUGUUUCCCUUCCUUGCUGACCAUGUAGUUGGAAACCGAAUCGUCUUUCCAGGGGCUGGUUACGUGGAGUUCAUGAUUCAAAUGGGCUUCUCAGAAACAGAAAAACCGGCUCUGAAGAACAUCAACUUCACCAGGGUUCUCCCGUGGCCUGAAGACACAGAUCCAAAGAAGUGUACUCUGAAGCUGGGGCUGAUUAAAGAUGGCUCCGCAAUGCAGGUGACAUGUGAUGGAAACCAGCACUGUGAUGCUCAACUCGAGCCAUCAUCAAGCAAGACCAAAGAAGCUUCCUUUGAUCUGAAAGGAAUCCAGGCUAGAUGUACCAAUGAGGUGAGCGGUGAGUUGUUCUACUCGAGGCUUGAGGCUGUUGGUCUCAAAUAUGGACCUGCAUUUCAGACAGUGGAGAAGAUGUUCCUUGGUGAUGGUGAAGCGUACGCGAUCUUGAACCCAGUUCAGGACAACAAGCAACGAAUCCAGGUGACCCACUUCGAUGCCACCUUCCAGCUGGUUCUCUCUGCAGUAGGUUCAUUCAAUGCAAUGUACCUUCCCAUUCGUAUUGACUCCAUGUAUAUGACAUCAGACUCCAUCCCUCCAGGUAAACAGAUACUGGCCUACACCAAAAUCAUCGACUAUGACAGUUCUAACAUUGCAGCUGACAUAACCAUGGUAACUCUUGACGGACGAGUGCUUGCUGACAUCAAAGGUUUCCUGGCUCAAAACUUCAGUGGCAACCAGUCGAAUGUUCCAAUUGAAUCAUGCGUUUACACCACCCACUGGCAACCAGAGUCUGCAACUAAACUCUCAACAUCUCAUCUUUGUGAGGGUUUUCUUGAGAAGAACAUGAGCGAAGCAAACAGUGAUGAGUUGGCUGCUGUCAAAAAAGCAGAAGGAGUCCUCCCUGACCUCGAAGGAGUUUGUGUGUCUUACAUUCGAAAUGCACUCGCAAAAGACACUUCAAGUACAUCCAAGUAUAAGACACGUAUCCAAACCAUCUCCUCUGCCACCAAAGUGAAGUCUGUACCUUACAGCAGUAUACCAGAGGUCAUGAGAAACAUCCUCAACAGAGUACCUGAGUUGGAAGUUGAGGUUAACUUACUGAAAUUAUUUGGGGAAGCUUUGCCAGAAACUCUAAGCAAUCCUGAAGUUGGGUUGUCAAUCUUGCAUCCUGAUCAGGGGAUAGAUCGUUACUUCUUUGACUCAAUGAGCACCAGGCUAAUAAACAAACCUACUUCACAAGCUCUUAUCAAGUCCAUCUCUGAAGCUGUCAAAACCAAGAAAGUUGUGCGAGUACUCGAAGUAGGGGGUCACACAGGAAAACUUACCCGUACAGUGGUGGAACCUCUCAAAGAAGCUGGCCUUGCAGUAAAUUUAGAAUACGUCUUUGCAGCUGAGAAUAAGAAGUUUCUCCAGGAAGCCCAAGACAACCUUGCCGAGUUUGACUUUGUUGAGUUCAAGCAGCUUGAUAUCAAGAGAAGUCCCCUAGAGCAAGAUUACAUACCUGGCAGCUUUGAUAUAGUCGUUUGCAUCAAUGCAUUGCAUUCCACAGACAACACUCAACAAAGUGUUGCAAACAUGUCACGUUUCCUGAGUCCUGAUGGGUUGAUGUUCAUCAUGGAAGACACAGACCUCAACUUCCUGACCGAGUUCUUCUCCUUGUCUACAGAAAAUGAGUGCUGCUUGCUCCCUCAGAGUCAAUGGGUGAAAAUCAUGGAAACUGUUGGACUCACAGAUAUUCAGUCAACUUCACCGCAGCACAACUUACUUCAAAGUGUGUACAUGGGAUGUAAGCCAGCUUCUUGCAUCCUCCCCUCUCCAUCGGAUGUCUCAGAGCCCAGAGAAAACAAACUGGUCAUAAUUCAAAAUGACAGCAACGACUUGAUUUCUCAGUUUCUCCAAAGCUACAAGGGAAAGUCUUUGAUCAGCAAUUUCUCUGCAUCCAAGUCCCUAGAUCACAUUUUCAGUGAGCAUGUGAGUACACCCAUUGAAGUAUUGUACGCAUACAGUGAGGAAGAUAGUACACUUCAUGCUCUCUUGCGACUCUUCCAAGCAGUGGAGUCGUACCCUCAGGCUGUCAAAAAGGUCUGGGUUCUGACAACUGGUGGCAAUGGUGACUCCAAGUAUCCAAGUGGCUCCUUGGCUGUUGGGUUGGCUAGAGCAUCAAGCAAUCAGAUUCCAAGUGUGCCAAUUAUCUCAGUUGACUUUGACCCGCGCUCCUCAACAGGGGAAAAUGUUCAGGAGUUACUGAAGAUUGUGUAUGAUCGAGAUCUUGGUGAGCAGGAGAUUGUCAUCAGGGAAGGAAAACGCCUUGUGCCUCGCCUCAUCCAUCAAGAUGUGAAGUUGGUCAGUGAGGUGCAGUCCAAAAAUUGGCGAGUGGAGCAAGAUCUGCAAAGAAACAAGGGAGCGUCUAUCGACGACCUUGCUUUCCAUGACGUUCAAGACUUUGAAAUCCCUCCAGGUCAUGUCAAGAUCCAUGUGAAGGCAGCUCCACUCAAUUUCAAAGAUGUCAUGAUGGCCUUGGGGCUACUUGAAGGACUGGAAAGUGACGCACACCCAUCCUUCGGUCUGGAAUGUGCUGGUGAAAUUGUAGAAGUAGGGAGUGGUGUGACUGGACUGAAAGUCAAUGAUAAGGUGAUGUCAUUCGGUAAAAGUUGUUUUGCUUCUCAUGUAGUAUGUGAUUCCAAGUUGACUGUCCUCAUGCCAGAGAAUUUGACUUGGUUGGAGACCUCUAGUGUUGGUGUAGUCUUUGUAACGGCGUAUCUCAGUCUAGUCGACCGAGCGAACUUGAAAAAGGGUGAGACUGUGUUGAUUCAUUCUGCAUGUGGAGGUGUUGGACUAGCUGCAAUUCAAAUUGCUCGCAUGAGAGGAGCCAAGAUUAUCUGCACCGCUGGGACUGAAGAGAAAAGGUCCUUUCUCAGGAACCUUGGACUGGAUCUGGUGAGCGACUCUCGAUCUUCCCAAUUCUAUGAUGAUGUCAUGCAGUGGACUGAUGGAAAGGGAGUGAACGUAAUUCUGAACUCUCUAUCAGGGAAGCUCCUUCAAGUCGGUUUGUCACUUUUAGCCCCUGGAGGGAGGUUUUGUGAAAUUGGCAAAAGAGACAUCCUUCAGGGCUCAAGUCUCCCGAUGAGCUUUUUCCUGGAGAACAAGGUGUUCCAUUCCUGUCAGCUAGACAUCUUAAUGCGACAAUUUCCAGAGGAAGUCCAGAGUGUCAUGUGCAAAGUAGUAAAGCUGUUUGAAGAGAAGAAGCUGACACCCAUCCCGACAAGUGUCUAUUCCAUAGCAAACCUCAAAGACACCUUCCGUAUCAUGUCCAAAGGCUCACAUAUUGGAAAGAUCGUCUUUGAAAUCCCUGACGCUUUCAAGCCGAGUGAGAUUAAACCUUCGCUGUGCCAGUUCAAGCCUAAUGCAACCUACAUCAUCACUGGUGGGUAUGGAGGAAUCGGACAGGCUCUUUCCAGAUGGCUGUGCCUGAACGGAGCAAAGCACAUUGCACUUGUUUCUCGGAGAGGAGCUACUACUGCAGCUGCAAAGCGGACCUUGAGUUUUUUGAAGAAAAACCAAGUUAACAUUUACGAGUUUUCACUUGACAUCUCAAAGAAAGCCUGCGUCAAGAUGCUGUUGAAAAACCUCCAACAAGACAAGACUGUUCCUCCCGUCAAGGGAAUCUUCCAUCUUGCUGGAGUCAUAGACGAGGAGAAUCUCUCACAGAUUACACAGGAGCAGAUGGACCGUAUUCUUGGAGCGAAAGCACUCGGAGCUCAGCACCUGCAUGAGCUGACGCAACAAGACAACCUUGACGUCUUCUUCAUGUUGUCCUCAAUCUCGACUACUUGGGGACAUCAAGCCCAGCCGUGCUACUGCGCUGCCAACGCAUACCUGGACGCUCUGGCUGAGAAGAGACACAUGGAGGGCCUACCAGGUCUUUCAAUCCAGCUGGCACCCGUCAAGGGAGCCGGGUAUCUUGAAGACAAGGGGCAGACGGUGAAAGUCUUGGCCAUGAAGGGAUGCUAUCAACUUCACGUAGACGAGUUCCUUCAGGUUCUAGGCCAGCUGCUGUCCAACAGAGACCUCCCAGUGGUUACUUUUGCCAAUCAGGACUGGGGAAUAACGCAGACAACCUGCCACAAGUCUAUGCUGAAAUUCCAUCACCUGGCCACACGUAGUAAAGCAACAUCUUCCAAAGGAGACGCUCCGCAUCUUGAGAUUGAAGACCUGGAAACCACCAUCAAGUCCAAGAUGGCGGAGCUUCUUUGCAUGUCCGAGGACGCCAUCGACACCAGCCAGCCGAUGGUGAACUACGGUGUAGACUCCUUGGUUGCUUUGGAGAUUGCCAAUUGGGCGACCAAUCAGCUUGGAGUUGAGAUCUCUCAGCUUGACAUCUUGGGAGGAAUGACGACAGUUUUCUUGAUUGAGAAAGCUGCAGAGUCAAACUAAGAAUUAAAUCAGAGAAGUAUUAUUGUCAUCCUGGAAACUCUCAAUCGGAAGACAUUUCUAUCCACAUUCCAAUCUUGGCAAAAAUAACAUGGGAUAGUUCAACUGUUUGGGACAUUUACUAUCUUCAUUGGAAAGACAGUACCAGCCCUGGUCAAUAUUACUAAACACCCUCUUGAAGCUAAACUGAGAUGAAGUAGUUUUUGUCUCCAAAAGCUCUUCGAUUGGGAUAUAUUGGUGGCCAAUUUGGAAAAAAGGGACAAAUUUAGAAUAUCCCAAUCUGGAAAGUAGGAUGAGAGUGGCAUGGUAAGAAAAAUUUCCAUAGCUUCAAAAAUUAAAAACUUACAAGCAGAAAACCCACUAUAAUUGUUCAAGCAUUUCAUUUUGAUGUUGAAAAGUUCAACAAAUAAAGUGUUCCUGAUACAAAAAUCUGUUAAUAAUUACCUGGGACAGUUUAUCCGUUCUGGCUUGGAGAGAGGAGAUCACGUGGUCAUGUUAAAACAUGUGAUAAAAACACCAUUAGCUAAACAUGGGUGUGUAAUCACAUAUUCAUUAUUGAUCAAGUGAACAGCUUUAGUUGAAAAGGCAUGUAUACUGUGGGAAAAACAAAAACUUGAUUACAAGAUUUGUACCCUCUUGUCACAAAUUCAACUCGUUCUGCUCUCAGCACACUGCAUCAAAUGUCAGGCACGCAACCUUAUCUUCACCAAAAAAAGAGGAAAUUACAAAAUUUCAAUGAUCUUGUAUAGUAUUUUGCAAUUUUGAAUGGUAAAACUGAGACUUCAAAAAGAGGAAAUCAGCUGAUCCGAGGAAAAGUUGCAUGCCUGAAAUGUUACACAGGUGACUUGCAAAAGUUCAUAUAUAAAAUCCACCGACUGUAUGUGUGUGAUUAACCAUUAUUCUCUAAUUCCACAAAGUGUGUGAAUAGUUAUUAUCUCAUAGAGAUUCUGUUUCAAAGAGUCCCAAAAAAAUUGUUUCAGAAUCAUUGUCCAGAUUUUGCCCUUUUUUAAUCUCCUUUCCAUAAGAAUAUUGAAGGGCUGUUGAUUAUGUAUAUAAUAUAGUAUACACAUAAUGAAUGUUUAUGAGUGCAAUGGUGCGAAUAAUGUUCAUGAGUUGAAAGAUGGA